ACACUCCAAGUUCUCAAAUUGAUAUUUUUGGAAUUCUGUGUAACAACUCGGCUCUCUGUCUACAAAUUGUCCAUUUUUCUCUGCCAUUUCAUCAAAACCGUUCACGGGUUGCUCAUAUAAUUCAGCUAUAUAUAAAUCUUAGAAUCAACACCUGUUGGAACCAAGAAAGAAAGAAGACCGGUGCGUAGAAAACCCUUGGGAACCCUAAGCUAUGGGUUCCAAGGUCACAGCAAUGUUCCUGAUAGGCAUGAUAUUCAUGUUAACGGCACUGGCACCGAUAUAUGCUUGUGGGUACUGCCCAACACCGAAUCCGCCCUACCACCGCCCUCAUCCACGGCCGCGCCCACCAACAACUCCCCGACCACGCCCGCCGUCCACCAAGCCUCCGCCUCAUCACGGCGGCCGCCCUAAGGUGUCACCACCUUCCAUCAACCCACCAGUUAUUAGUCCCCCUAUUACAAAACCCCCGGGAAAAAUACCACCCAUCAUAAACCCUCCAGUUAUAGUACCUCCUAUAACAAACCCGCCAGUGAUAACUCCUCCAAUAAUAAACCCUCCACCUACUUCGCCAUAUCCACCUUACACUGGACCUCCUUCGGGUGGAGGCGGUGGAGGCGGCGGCGGCGGAGGAGGAGGGGGUGUUCCAGGCCUAAACCCACCACCCACUACUCAACCAACUUGUCCUAUAAACGCCCUUAAAUUAGGGUUAUGUGUUGACGUGCUAGGAGGACUGGUGCAUAUUGGGCUCGGAAAUCCAGUUGAGAAUGUGUGCUGCCCAGUGCUUAGAGGGUUGCUCGAGCUGGAAGCUGCCAUUUGUCUCUGCACCACCAUAAGGCUUAAACUUCUAAACCUCAAUAUAUUCAUCCCCCUUGCUCUUCAAGUCCUAAUAACUUGUGGUAUGACACCUCCGCCUGGUUUUGUAUGUCCCCCUCUAGUAUAAAGUGUGGAGUACUUUGAUCAUCACUUCUCCCAGCUGGGGGCAUGAAUAUUGUCCAGGUUUCCAAGUUGUUUUCGUUGUAUUCAGUAACGUAACUUGCAUUACGUUUUAUGUUUUCUGUUGUGCAUGAAAUUCUAUUCCCAGAUAUCUAUGUUGAGGAGA